GGGUUUGCUGCGUUGGGAAAGUCAUCAGAGGCGUCUGCGCUACCUCCAUCAAAAUCAAGAUUAUUUUUUUAAAAAUCCAUUGUUACUGACUUGUAAAUUAACUUUUUUAUAUUAGCUGAAGUUUGUAGCACAGUUUCCUGUACGUGUCACGUCGCUGAACGUCGUCAUUAGUCUCGUUUUCAGCACUUUCUCGUCGCCAAAUCUGCCCCCUCCGGAGCGUGCUAACGUUAGCUCAGCGACUAGCCAAAAUUCCCUCCUCGAAGAAAGAACCGAUUAAUCGUUAUCAUAAACAUGGAUCAAACAGGAGUCACGACUGAAACACCAAAGAGUCCGUGGGGCUCGGUGGCCCCGGCAGCUCCGGCCUGUUCUCUGGUUGAUGUGAUGAGUGAGCAGCUGGCCAAACAGCUGGAUGAAGAGAACAAUGCCUUCCCUGCACUCACCGAGCCUGGAGCAGAUCUGCUGUUGUCGGAUGAUGGUCCUGAUACAACCAGUGACCUGAUGCUCGCCCAGAUGUUGCAGAUGCAGUUCGACCGUGAGUUUGAUGAUCAGCUCCGCCGCGAGGAGAAGAAGUUCAACGGAGACAGCAAAGUGUCCAUCUCCUUUGAGAACUACCGAAUGGUCCAUCCAUACGAAGACAGCGACAGCUCGGAGGACGAGGUGGACUGGCAGGACACAAGACAUGACCCCUACAGAGCUGAAAAGCCUCAGACCACACCGAGGAAAGGCUUCACUGGGAAAGGCAAGAACAUCACCACCAAACACGACGAGGUGACCUGCGGUCGCAAGAACACGGCGCGUAUGGACAACUUUGCCCCUGAGGUCCACGUCGGCGACGGGCUGGGGAUGGACCUGAAGCUGUCCAAUCAGGUGUUUAACUCUCUGAAGCAGCACUGCUACAGCGAGCAGAAACGCAGCGCCAGGCUGCACGAGAAGAAGGAGCACUCCACCGCCGAACAAGCAGUGGACCCUCGCACUCGUCUGCUGAUGUAUAAGAUGGUAAAUGCCGGUGUGCUGGAAAACAUCAACGGCUGCAUCAGCACUGGGAAGGAGUCCGUUGUCUUCCACGCUGACGGUGGGAGCCUGGAGGAGCAGCCGGUCCCGGAUGAGGUGGUGCUGAAGGUGUUCAAGACGACGCUCAACGAGUUCAAGAACAGAGACCGCUACAUCAAAGAUGACUACCGCUUCAAAGAGCGGUUCAGCAAACUGAACCCACGCAAAGUCAUCAGGCUGUGGGCCGAGAAGGAGAUGCACAACCUGACCAGGAUGAAGAAGGCGGAGAUUCCCUGUCCGGAGGUGGUGCUGCUGAAGAAACACAUCCUGGUGAUGUCGUUCAUCGGUAAAGACCACGUUCCUGCUCCCAAGCUCAAAGACGCCAUGUUAGGGUCAGAGGACAUGAAGAACGCCUACUACCAGGUCCUACAUAUGAUGCAGCAGCUGUAUCAGGAGUGUAACCUGGUUCAUGCUGAUCUCAGUGAAUACAACAUGCUGUGGCACGAAGGGAAGGUGUGGUUGAUAGACGUCAGUCAGUCCGUCGAGCCCACCCAUCCUCACGGGCUGGAGUUCCUCUUCAGAGACUGCAGGAACGUUGCCACGUUUUUCCAGAAGAGAGGAGUGAGCGAGGCGAUGAGUGUGUACGACCUUUUCAACGCUGUGACUGGACUGAACAUCCCUGUCGGUGCAGGAGACGAAGCUGAAUUUAUAGCUGAGAUCGUGGCGUUGGAGAAGAGGAACGAGGAUCACGUGCAGAGGCGAGGGAAGAAAACGUUCCCUGUCUCCUCUGAAGACGGCGGUCCUCCUUUAAAACCCGACGCUGAUGACUAACGCUCGCCCGGCUCGCUCUCUCUUCACGAUCCCGCCGUGUU